ACUUCCUAGUCAAAGAUUUCGGAGCAACAAUAUAUCAUCAUAUGUAACCGGCAUGGUUGUGCUAAAGAAAUUAUAACCUUACAAAAAGACCUACAUUUGUUAAUGAAAAAUGUAUUGAAAUUGAAUCGUUGAAAGGAUUCACAGUGAAGAUGCUUACUACAAAGCUAAGUGUAUCGUUAAGAGUAAACAAUAUUGUGACCAGAACUUGCAUAGCUAGUGGGAGUAUUGAGAGUUUCAAGCAAAACAAGCAUCCUCAGGCAAUAACAAGAUCUUUCAACGUUCUAGCUAAUAACGGAGCUGAAUCCUCGAAACAUAUUGUACAAAAACAGGUUUCAAAACCAAAAAUAUUACUUAGAAUGUAUGAUACUCAAAAGGUUCCAGAGAAUCCUGAUAUUUUUGGAGAUCUCGGUGAUAGAAACUUUGAACGUGUUGCCAUGGAUGAGAUGGAGGAAGAGGAAGAGAAGUUCACACAAAAUGAAGUAACAAUACCACGCAGAUUGAAGCCCAGUGCUGGUCAAUAUGCUGAUAUGAUAAAAUCUCAUAUUGGCAAGGGUGAUUUAACAGCUGCUACAAAUGUUUUGAAUCUUGUAAAAGAGAACAGGGAUAAGCCUAACGAGUACAUGUUCAGUCUUCUAAUAAGAGCAUAUGCUGUUCAAGGUGAUAUAAAGAAGUGUUUCAAUCUUUAUAAUAAUAUGAAGAAGCGAAACUUAAAACCUAAUGCUGCUAUCUAUACCAGUCUAUUGAAUGUUUGUGGAAAUUCUUCAAAUACUGAAUUAGCUUUGGAAAAACUGACAGAUUUGAGAGAAAAAUUUAUACAACUUAAUUUUCCAUUAAACCAGACUCAUUAUAAUGCUUUAGUAAAAGCAUAUGGGGUACAUAAUAAGAUUCUACAAGCUUUUGAAGUAGUGGAUCAGAUGAAAGAUAAUCAUAUACCUAUUGGAGAAAGUACAUUUAAUUCUCUUCUCUGUGGAUGUAUUUCUGACAAAAAAGCAGGAUCGAGAUACGCUCUAGUGAUAUGGCAUCUAAUGCAGCAUCAAAAAGUAAAACCCACAAUCACUACUUAUAAUCUUAUGCUACGUGCUAUCAGAGAUUGUAACAUGGGGAACUUAAAAGUAAAUGAAUUCUUAGUACCAGGCUGGAAACAAACUCAAAUUUCUUUCUCUACGGAUGGCGUGCCUGACCUAUUAGCAUCUCCACCGAAGCUAAGUGCAUUGGUCCUUACUCUCCACAAAAACCAAUCAAGAAAUAAGAAACAGCAAAAUAUCUUAACGUCCAGUCGCGCUCUGGAAAUGCAAGAAUCACACAGUACAUUGGAAAUCAGAAGUAAAGAAGAAAAUUCUAUGAUACCUGCUUCACUAGAUCAUGUAAAUCUAGACGAUAUAAUAUCUAAGAAUGCUUUGGUAUUAUUCGGUGGUCUCCAAGGAAUCUUAGAUCGAAUGAAGGCAGACAAUGUAAAGCCAGAUAUGAGAACAUUAUCGUUGCUCGUGCAAUUAGUUCCACCAUCUAUAGCAGCUGAAGAAGCGAUAAUGAAGAGCGCAAAAUCUUAUGAAAUAGAGUUGGACGUAUCUUUUUAUAAUAGUUUGAUGAAAAAAAGGAGCCUGAGAGGUGAUUAUGCAUAUGCAAAAAAACUUCUUCAUGAAAUGGAGAGAAACAAUGUGCAACCAGACAUACUUACAUGGGGAAUAUUGGCGCUAGGAUGCAAAUCCAAUGACGAAGGCAGAGAACUUAUUCAAGGUAUGAGAGACACCGGAUUCAGAUUAAAUGCAGUAAUUGCUGGAACUCUGAUCAAAAAUGCUUGUCGAAAAGAGCAAUUUUUCUUCAUCUUGGAAGUAAUGGAGCAUAUGUACAGAGCAAAGAUUAAACCCAACAAGAUGCUUUAUGAAACUCUGGAUGCCUUCCAAAGUGCAAUGAAGAAACUAUCGAAGAGCAAGGAAAAUUCAAAGUUCACUUCGAGUUCCUUCUUUAAGGACGGUUUGUCGAAAUUUAACUUGAGGUAUUCCGAAUGGCAAAAGCAAAUGGAACGACCAGAAUGGGCGAAACCAUGGUCAGAUAAUAAAUAAUGUAAAUUACUAAUUGUUUGUAAAAACUUGUAAUAAAUAUGUUAAGUCAAA